AUGUACUACGACACUGACUCUGAUACUACAGCCAGCACCUCCUACUCCAACAGAUUUACACCCAUAAACUCACCCAAAGGCAAGAAAAUUGCAAAGGCCAAUAACGCAGCCAUGAAGACCGAGGAAAACGACCAAUAUCCAUCCCCGAUCAAAACUGAAGAAACGAUGGAAGACAAUCUCACCCCAACCAAGGCACCAGCCUUAGCAGCCAACAAGGCAGCAAACACCCCCACUGACAAGAGCGCAACUGUCACCCCGCGCAAGCGUGGCCGCAAACCAGCAGGCUCAGCCACCACAACACCAAGCAAGAAGACCAAGAAGGACAGCGGCAGCACUGAAGAUGGCGAGCCUUCUACCCCUGGUAAUGCCACUACACCUUCUCGCGCAACCCUCCCUUCCAUCCCAGCUAGUCUUGCCGCGGCGGGCCCGGAGGACCGCAUGAUCUUGCGCCUCCGCGAUGAGGAGAACCGUCCAUGGACCGAGAUAAACAAGAUCUUUGUCGAGGCCACGAACAUCAAAGUUGGCGGAUCUACGCUUAGAAUGAGGUACACGACCAUGAAGGCCAACUUUGUGGGGAUCAGUGAGGAGGAUGAGGCGCGCCUCAUGCGUAUCAAGAAAGAAGUCGAAGAGAAAUUUGAAGGCGAGAAGUGGCAUCGCAUCACCGAAGCGAUUAUCCAAGACGGCGGCGCGAAGUACCCCGCUGCAGCGCUGCAGAAGAAAUUCAAGGAGUUGAGCAAGCAGCUUAAUGGUGCUGCUAAUGGUGCCGCUGCUAAUGGUGGUGAUGAGAAGUGA